AUAUAUGCUAUACAUUGUGUUCAAAAUCUGAUCUUCAGUUCACAAAACUCAAUGGAGUCUAAAUACAGCCGCCGGCUUCAAACAAUUCAAAACCAUGUUACCGCCGAUCCUCAGUCAAUGCCGGUGCUGCAACUCAACCAGACAGCUGGGGAGUUUUUUGCUGAACAAGGGUACAGUGUUGUUCUUCCAGAGAAGUUGCAGACAGGGAAAUGGAAUGUUCACAGAUCUACUAUCUCCCCUUUGAAGCUUCUCAGUAGAUUCCCUGAUCAUCCUGACAUUGGUACCUUGCAUGAUAAUUUUGUGUAUGCAUCAGAAACCUUCCGAGAUUACAAGUAUUUGGGUACACGGAUUCGUGCAGAUGGAACUGUUGGAGAAUACAAGUGGACAACUUACGGGGAAGCAGCUACCGCUCGGUCAGCUAUUGGUUCUGGAUUAGUGGCCCAUGGAAUUCCAAAGGGAUCAUCCAUUGGACUAUAUUUUAUCAACCGACCCGAGUGGAUAAUUGUUGAUCAUGCUUGCUCUGCAUAUUCAUACAUAUCCGUCCCUUUAUAUGAUACCCUUGGCCCGGAUGCUGUCAAGUAUAUUGUGAAUCACUCUUCUGCACAAGCCAUAUUUUGUGUGCCAGAGACGUUGCAUGUAUUAAUGAGCUUCUUGUCCGAGAUUCCCUCUGUGCGUUUGAUAGUGGUGGUUGGAGGCUUGGAUGAACUAAUGCCAUCACUUCCAUCAACAACAGGGGUUAAGGUUGUAUCAUUCUCGAAAUUAAUUACUCAGGGAAGUAAUGACCGUCAUCCUUUUCGUCCACCAAAACCGGAUGAUGUUGCUACAAUAUGCUAUACAAGUGGUACAACCGGGACACCAAAGGGGGUUGUACUUUCCCAUGGAAACAUGAUUGCAAAUACUGCUGGCGGAACUACUGGAAUCAAAUUUUAUCCAUCGGAUGUUUAUAUAUCUUAUCUUCCUUUGGCCCACAUAUAUGAACGGUCCAACGUGCUCCUUUUGGCAUACUAUGGCGGCUCAGCUGGAUUUUAUCAGGGAGACAACUUGAAACUAUUGGAUGACAUGGCUGAGUUAAAACCUACCGUGUUCUGCAGUGUUCCACGAUUAUAUAACAGAGUAUAUGAUGGCAUUAUAAAUGCAGUUAAGACAACUGGUGGUUUGAGGGAAAGGGUGUUUAAUGUUGCAUAUAAUGCGAAGAAGCAAGCAUUACUUACAGGAAAGAAUGCUUCUCCUAUGUGGGACAGAUUAGUAUUUAACAAAAUAAAAGACAAGCUUGGUGGACGGGUUCGUUUUAUGUUUUCUGGUGCCUCACCAUUGUCUCCUGAUGUCAUGGAUUUUCUUAGAGUGUGCUUUGGUUGUCCUGUAAUCGAGGGCUAUGGAAUGACCGAGAGUUCUUGUGCCAUAACUUAUAUGCACGAGAAAGAUAUCGUCUCGGGUCACGUAGGCGCUCCUAAUCCUGCCUGUGAAGUAAAGCUUGUGGAUGUUCCUGAAAUGAACUAUACGUCCGAUGAUCAACCAUACCCUCGUGGUGAGAUUUGUGUGAGGGGACCGAUUGUGUUCCAAGGCUACUACAAAGAUGAAGUGCAAACGAGAGAAGUAAUCGAUGAAGAAGGAUGGCUUCAUACCGGAGACAUUGGGUUGUGGUCAUCUGGUGGCCGCUUAAAGAUAAUUGAUAGGAAAAAGAAUAUUUUCAAAUUGGCGCAAGGGGAGUACAUAGCUCCUGAGAAAAUUGAGAAUGUAUAUGCCAAGUCCAAAUUUGUCGCACAGUGCUUUGUUUAUGGUGACAGCUUCAACUCUUGUUUAGUUGCUAUUGUCUGUGUCGACCCUGAUAUGCUCAAAGCUUCUGCUGCUAAGGAAGGAAUAAAGUUUGAAAGUUUAGAACAAUUGUGCAAUGACCCAAGGGCAAGGACGGCUGUCCUGGCUGACAUGGAUGCCAUUGGAAAAGAAGCUCAGCUGAGAGGUUUCGAGUUUGCACGAUCCAUCACUUUGGUAGCUGAGCCAUUCACCAUGGAGAAUGGUUUGCUCACUCCAACAUUUAAGGUUAAGAGGCCACAAGCAAAAGCAUACUUUGCAAAGGCAAUAGCUGAUAUGUAUGAAGAGGUGUCAUCAUCUAAGCUUUCAGGGGAAAGAAUUAUGUGAAGUGAAAAAAGAGGCAUGGCAUUGCAUUGCAUUGUUGUAAGGGUUGUUCCACAUUCAUUUUGUAUUAGAAUCAUAUGUGGUUCAUUCAAAUUAUUGAAAAAUGUAUUCCAAAUGGAUAUUUUAUGUCAAUCACAAAUAGAAAGGUUAUGUGGCUAAAC